AUGCUACAUCGACCUACUCUCAUGUCUCCAUCAAUGAGAUCAUCCUCAAAAUUCAACUUAUCUACUAAUUCACAACAUUCAUCUCAAUCGAUUAAAAUAGAAAGUCCAGAAUUGAUUCAACUUCUUGACUAUGAUGAUGAUGAAAUAGUUAUUGUAGAGCCCACUGAUACAGAUGAAGAUCGUAUGAAACAGGAAGAUACAACAUUUUGA